AACAGCCCCUUUGGAGGCCCCCAGUUUGCUGAGGGAGACGUGGAUCUGAGUAGGGCGGUGCGUUCCCGGGCACCGCAGAGGAAGUGGGAGACCAGGCGGAAUUGGCGGGGGUCUCCACUCGGAGUGGCUCCACCAUGUCGAAGGUUUCCUUUAAGAUCACGCUGACGUCGGACCCGCGGCUGCCUUACAAAGUACUUAGUGUUCCUGAAAGUACACCUUUCACAGCAGUCUUAAAGUUUGCAGCAGAAGAAUUUAAAGUUCCUGCAGCAACAAGUGCAAUUAUUACCAAUGAUGGAAUAGGAAUAAAUCCUGCCCAGACUGCUGGAAAUGUUUUCCUGAAGCACGGUUCAGAACUGCGAAUUAUUCCUAGAGAUCGUGUUGGAAGUUGUUAAUACCUCUACUCGGAACAUAGGAUGACCUUUCCAAAUAAAUAUUGGUAUUGUUGUAAAACUGAAACCAGGCAUUUAAAACACUAUGAAAACACCAGUAGUUGAUGAAAUAAUGAAGGGUGACUCUGUCCCUUCUUGUUAUUCACACUUUCCUGUGAAGAGGGACUGCUUUAUAUGCAUAGAGGGUACCAUCUCCACAGAAGAUCAGAGUCCGUCAUUGCUACCUCACAACACAUACAGGUAGUUCAUUUGGGCUAAGUGGAUUAUCCAGCUGUGUUUUGUAAGUGGUGGUUGCUUCUGAUAACUCUUUCUGAGAACAUUUGGAAAAUUAAAGUUUACUGAAUCUUCCUAUUUGUCUGAGUUAAAAAUUUUAAAAGAACUAUGGGUCAUACAUGGCAGUUUGCUUGAUAGCAUCUGACUUGCACACUUAAAAACAGUUGAAUUCUUAAUUGUGUAUUGUUCAUGAUAAAGGAUAUAGACAUAUCGAUGAAUACGUAACUAUCUUAACUUUUUAUCAUUCAGGUUUUUUUAAGUUUCAAACUAUAUCAGAGACCCCAAAAUUGAAUUCUUUGAUCUAACCCUUAUGGGUAAAAUUGAUAUCCCACACCAAAGAGUUUUAACUAUGAUCUUGCAGAAUCCAAUACUUGGUAAGAAUUGAGAAUAAGGUAGAAGCAUUCUUGCUGAGUUAUGUAUCCUUUAUCAGUCUCUGAAUACAACUUUUAUUUUAUUUUAUUUUUUUAAGAUUUUAUUUAUUUAUUUGACAGAGACAGCCAGCGGGAGAGGGAACACAGGCAGGGGGAGUGGCAGAGGAAGAAGCAGGCUCCCAGUGGAAGAGCCUGAUGUGGGGCUUGAUCCCAGAACGCUGGGAUCAUGCCCGAACCGAAGGCAGACGCUUAAUGACUGCACCACCCAGGCGCCUCUGAAUACAACCUUUAAAACAGGAAUCCUCAAGAAUCUCUUGCCUUAUUGAGGAUAAUAUUUCUAAAUAGCAUUCAGGAAGAGAGUAUUGGAAAGAUCUGGAAUUCACAACAGAGCUCUAGGAAAUGCUAAUUGGAAAUGCAGAUUUUUAUACUUCCUAAAGACCCAACAUUUAAGGAGCUGUUAAGUUUAGUCACUGAAGUGAAUAAGUCAGGAAAGGGAUCUUGGGGAAACCCCAAUGACCGGUUUACUAGUAAGGAGGAAAGAAACAAAAGGCACAGUGAAGGGGAACAGAAAGCUGUAGCAAAGCAUCCCAGAAAAAGCCAGCUGGAUUGGCAAAAGUGCAGAAAGUGUGUUGUGGAGAACCAAAGAGGAAAAGAAUAUAUCUGACAUUGUCAGAAGGAGCAGAAGGCAGUUAAAGAAAGCAAAGUGUAGGCUUUGUCAACACACAGACUUCAGAAUCCCCUUAUGAUAAUCUAAAGAAUGAUAUGCAUAAGGGAAGAUUUUAUUUGCCCUUACAGUGGAAAUCAGUAUCUAUGCAAAUCUUGAAAGAUGGAAGGAAUGCUCAUAGUGGUUCAGAACCAGUGCUUGGCCUGCUAUAUUCUGGAUGGUGAGCUCCCUGGAGGCAGGCUUUGUGUCUGUCUGGCUCUUUCUAGACCUGGAAAUGUAGCUUUCAAUAAGUACUUGCUGAAUUAUUCAUGAAUAAAGUAUCUCUAAGACCAAUUUUUAUCUAAGCAUGUUUCAGUUAUCUUCCGUGUCAUAGGCCCAAGGUUCAUUGGGAAAAAAAUGUGUAAGGAAAUGCAACCAGGUCAGCAUCUCAAGGGUUACAUUGGCAGUUAAGAAAUUAACCAGAUGUUGUCAUAUAUUUGACAAAUGAACAGUAAGAUUCUGAAUUGUAAAGAUAGAAAAGUAUGCUUCAAAUAUUUGGGGAAGUUUUUAUUUUUCUAAACAAAACUGAUGCUCAAAGACCCCAGGUUCUUAACAUCAUUAAGCCUCAGUUUAACCAGAAAUUUAUGAAUAUCCAUUCUCUGAAUUUUUAAAUUUAAUUUAGAUUUCCCUCCAUCCUUUUUCUACAACAAAAUCUGCCUGCUGUGUUACAUAAGUUAUAAUGUCCUGUGCCAUAAAGUAAUUUAAUAUUUUUGUUUUUUGGUUUUGAAAGUUUUGUUGUAGUAAAUCCUUAAAUUAAAAACAUUUUCCUAAAGACCUGGAUAUUUUGUUAUUGAAUAAAUGUGAUCUGUAAGUUCUUUGUGCAGAAUGUUUUGAAGUGUCAUAUUUUGCUUAAAUACAUUAUUGGUACAUAAUUAAUAUCUUACGAAAAUACAUUUUGUCAUACUGUAAACUGUAUUGUCUACUCUUAUUUCAUUAUUAAAUCUCCUACUCAGCACACCUCUUGAGCAGGUGUAUAACAGAUGUUGCAAAAAAAAGUGGGGGCAAAGAUGAUUAAUUGCCAUAGGUCAUAGAAACAAAUAUAUACUUCCAAAUGCCAGUCCUUUUUCAGGAACAAAAAGAGAAUAUAGUAAUUAUAUAGGCUAGUAGGUUCCAAACCUUAGAGAAUUCAAAAUAUGGAUCUCUAGAAACCACCCCUAACGUUUUGAAUCCUUAAAUCUGGUAUGUCAUAGAAGAAUCUCUGUUUAAAAAGCAGUCCUGGUGAUUCCUGCUGGGUUUGAAAAUGGUGAGGCCAACCUUUUCACUUUAUAGAUGAACAAACAAGUCCAAGGGGUCAAAGUGACUAGGGUAUGUUCUAGAAUUUUGGAAUGUGUACAUCCCACUUGGUUCUCUAGUAGCUAAGUGCAGAGAUACUAGCUAACGGUCUCUCUGACUGGUAGUAAAACCUCAUUUUAAAGUGUUUCAAGUACAAUAGUUUUUGUGGAUAUUUUAUUUCUUAAAAUUAGUUAUUCAAAGAAAAGUUAAUGGGAAGGAAACUCAGUCCCCUUUAAGGCCCCCGUCUCCCCAAAUUAAGAUAUUAAAAAUACCUACCAUGUCUUUUACUCAAGGCAUUGAAAUAUUUUUGAACUUGGAAACAUUAAUACACUUUAAUGGAGCAAUUCUGAAUUGACUGUUAAGUGUUCCCAAGGCUGUUUAUAAAGCAGUAGAUUACACAGGUAAAUUGUAUAUGUAGAUACAUGUGUGUGUCUAUAUACAUAUGUAUAUUUACAUAUGCAGUUUGUGGUUCUAUAUGUAUGUACACAUGUAUAUAUGAUUUAUAUAUAUAAUUCACCCAAAAAUGUAUUGAACAUCUGUUUGUCAAAUAUUUUGAUACACUUCCUCAUUCGUCACAACAAUUCAAAUUAUUAUCCCCAUUUUACAGAGGAAGGAAGGAGGCUUAAAUAGGUUGAGAUUUGAAUUUGACCCCUUUUAUGACUUUGGAACUCUUCAGAUCAUACAAGGAGAAUUUUUUAGUAUCUUUAUUUUUUCCACAAUAUACCAAAUCUAUAUCUGUAUUGAAUUAUAAAUUAAAAAAUAAAAAAUGUCUAGGACUUCAAUUCUUAUUUCAGAGUACAUACUAUGUGUGUAAUAAUCAUGAAUGGCAUUACUUUUCAAUACAUGGUGUAAAUGUGAUGGUGUAAAUAUGGUAAGAUUAUAGGACAUUAAGUAAAAGUCAAUCAAAUAAAGAUAAUUAUGAUUCUGGUGCUACUCCAUAGGUUGGCAGAGUAGGAGCAGGACUAGGGCGCCAUAUACAUCAGCUCCAUCAGACAAUUUGUGUUCCUGUAGUGUUAAUAUCUUGCAGAUGCAGCUUUAAGAUUGGUACCCUGCUCUUCUGACCAGACUGGUGCCCAAAAGCCCCUCCAACAGAAAUUCUGGAACUACCCUCUGAUAAUACUAGAGAUAGGUAAAUCAUUAUUUAAAUUAGGCUAUGUAAUUAAACCAUCAUUUGAAAUAAACAUCCUCAAAAGGUUUAGCCUAUCCAGUCUAUUAGCUACGGGCUCCAGUUUCCUAAGCCGGGUAUUGGAAACUCAUUAGAAUUUUUUCCUUUUGCCGUAGCAAACCCAUCACAAAUCUAUCUCAGGAUCUCCUACUGUAAUUAAAGCCUUCAUCCUCUCAUAAAUGCUAUUAGAAAAGCUUCUAGUCUCUGUUCCCUCUUUCACACUGUUGUAAUGAGGUUUUUGGCAUGGAAAUAUGAUUGUGUAAUUCCACUAGUCCAAAUCCCACUGAAUACAAAUCUAUAUAUGACAUGUGAGACCUUCAUGAACGGGUCUUUGUUCAGUGUCAUCUGUUAACCAUGACUGAUUUGCACUGCAGCUAUACUGAACUGCAAAUAUUUAAUAUCUCCGUUUUGCCCUAGUGUCACACCUCCAUGCCUCUACUUUCUCCAGUGGUCUUCCUGAAAAAUCUAGGAUUGAUUCUUCAAGUUUAAAAGCCGUGGAGCCUUUCCUCCCUCCUCCCAAGCAGAGUGAGGUAUUUAACUCUCCAAGCAACAAUUGCAUUUUGUAUGUUCCCUCAUUGUAGCAAUUGUUAAAUACAGAGUUAUCAUAUUUGUCUCUGGUUUAAAGUAUAAUUUUAUAAAAGCAUAAGAUUGUGACUGAAACAGGAUUUCCCAAUUACCUUGCCCCAUAGUAGAUAAUAAGUACUUUAUGAUCAAAAGACUACAUAAAAGAAUAAAAAUUUUGAAAAUUGCAAUAGUUUGUGGCUCAUGCCGAAUAACUUCUUUUGCUAGAAUAUUUAGUUAAUGAAUAUAUCCCUCACCAUUUCUUGUAGUAGAGAAUUUACUCUUGAUUUAAAUGAAUUAAUCACUCUUUUAAAAGUGAAAAGCAUUCUCCCAUUUUUAACAAAUAUAUAUUUAUUAGCGGUGUCAUGGCAAUUGCUAAAUGCCAGAGAUGAAAUAUAAUCAAGACUCAUUUCCUUUUCUUUGGGUCCCCAAAAUGUAUACAUUUCAGAAACCGCAAAAUCUGAAGAUGUAAUUAUAUGAAAAUGAAGAUGUUUAUCAAGCCCCUUUUUAAUGUGCUGGGCACAGUGCGAGGACACCUCACAAGCUUGAUCUCAUUUAAUCCUUAAUCUCUGUACAAAAUGAUGAUGUUAAUUUUUUUUUCUUUACUGUUAAGAGAGCCAGGAUUUAGGUUAAUGUGUCCAAAGUUAGAAUGAGAUUGGCUCCUAGGGCUAUAUGAUUAUAAAGACGGCCCUGCAAAUCAUUACAUGUUUGCUAUCAUUUUUCCAGAAUUAUAUUGAAAUAUUUUUCCAAAAUGAAAAAGGGUACUUCAUAGCUUGCUUUUGAACAUUUCUGUAACCUCACUUGGCUUGAAAAAUUUAACAUUCAAUAAUCUGUAUGGACAUACUUAGACUUUUUAUAUAUAUACACACACACAGCAAAGAGAAUUGUGAACAUUCGAGAAGUAGGUUUAUGGCUCUGUAAUCUGCUUUGCUAUACAGAGGGUGUUGUGGUAAUUUUGUCUUUGGAUGCAAAACAGCGGCCAAGGUUGGCAGACAAACGCAGAGAGCCAGUUUUUGGCAUAAAUCUCUGAUUUUCUGGCAAAACUCGUUAGCAAUGUAAAAACUGUUAUUGAGAGCAUAUUGUGAUGAUACAUCAUGUCAAUAUUUGUUUGGCUGUGUAACACUGUGGAUUUAAUAAAUUAAUUCUUAAAUGUACAAUUUA